AGCCUUUAAAGCUAAUUAGCUCAGCAUACAACAAAGAUAAGUGAGCCCGGGAGGAGGGCCCCCUGAGGGGUCUUUAGAUUCUGGGAAAUGUCUGAUUGGCAGAUGUUAAAAGGGAUUCUUUGGUAAUCCAGUGCAUCAAUGAGCUGCACAAAUUCAGUCCAGGACUGCAAGAAUUUAGGCAUGAGGACACUCUGUGCAGGAGGCGCGCAAAGGCAGACCCAAGAUGGACAGAACCUUGGAAUCCCUGAGACACAUCAUUACCCAAGUCUUGCCUCACAGAGACCCGGCGCUGGUUUUCAAAGACUUGAAUGUUGUGUCGAUGUUACAGGAAUUUUGGGAAAGCAAGCAGCAGCAGAGGGCUGCCUUCCCGAGUGAAGGCGUGGUGGUCUACGAGUCGCUGCCAUCUCCUGGACCUCCCUUUGUGAGCUAUGUGACUCUCCCAGGGGGAAGCUGUUUUGGCAACUUUCAGUGCUGCUUAAGUAGAGCGGAGGCCAGACGAGAUGCAGCUAAAGUGGCCCUGAUCAACUCUCUCUUCAAUGAGCUGCCCUCCCGCAGGAUCACCAAAGAAUUCAUUAUGGAAAGUGUUCAGGAAGCAGUUGCCUCCACCAGCGGCACCUUAGAUGAUGCUGAUGACCCAAGCACCAGCAUUGGGGCCUAUCACUACAUGUUGGAGUCAAACAUGGGGAAGACCAUGCUGGAAUUUCAGGAGCUGAUGACCAUUUUUCAACUCUUGCACUGGAAUGGAAGCCUAAAAGCCCUUCGUGAAACAAAGUGUUCUCGACAGGAAGUCAUCUCCUACUAUUCCCAGUAUUCCCUAGAUGAAAAGAUGCGCAGCCACAUGGCUCUGGACUGGAUCAUGAAGGAGCGAGAGUCUCCAGGAAUCCUCUCUCAAGAGCUGCGAAUGGCCCUGAGAGAGUUGGAGGAAGCCAGGAAGGCAGGACAAGAACUACGGUUUUACAAAGAAAAGAAAGAAAUCCUGAGCUUAGCCCUAACUCAGAUCUACAAUGACCCUGACACGUCCUCACCCAGUGAUGACCAGCUGAGCCUCACUGCCCUGUGUGGCUAUCACUAGCAAAGCUUAGCGAGGUCCCAGGUGCCCCAAGGAUGGCAGAGGCUGGACACUAACAUUAGGAAGCUCAUGGAAGGAGGUCAUCUGAAGCUUUAAUACCUAUAGCUACUACCUGAAGGCUGUACUAAUCCUCCCCACACAUUCCAUUCACGGAAUCUUAGAGUAGU